UAGACACCAGGAAGUGCUCGAAGAACAACCUCUCCCAGCUAGCCAGCUUCAAUCAGAGAGAGUAGUUCGGUUGAAACACAGCACACAACAUGGGGCUGUUCGGCAGGACACCCGAUAAACCCCCCAAAGAACUGAUUAAUGAGUGGUCUCAAAAAAUCAGAAAGGAGAUGAGAGUGAUUGACAGACAAAUUCGAGAUAUUCAAAGAGAGGAGGAGAAAGUUAAACGCUCCAUCAAAGAUGCUGCCAAAAAGGGACAGAAAGAUGUUUGUGUUGUCCUCGCUAAGGAGAUGAUUCAGUCGAAACGAGCCAUCACAAAACUUUACGCCUCCAAAGCCCAGAUGAACUCAGUGCUUCUCAGCAUGAAGAAUCAACUGGCUGUGGUUCGAGUAGCUGGAGCGUUGCAGAAGAGCACAGAGGUCAUGAAAGCCAUGCAGAACUUGGUUAAAAUCCCAGAGGUCCAGGCCACAAUGAUGGAGCUUUCAAAGGAGAUGAUGAAGGCCGGAAUAAUUGAGGAAAUGCUGGAGGACACGUUUGAGAGCAUGGAAGAUGGAGAGGAGAUGGAGGAAGCGGCAGAGGAGGAAGUUGACAAGAUUCUCUUUGAGAUCACAGCAGGGGCUCUUGGUAAAGCUCCAAGCAAAGUGACGGAGCCGCUUCCGGACCUGCAGGUUCCAGGAACCUCAGCUGCUGCUUCGGACGAAGAGUCGGAGGAAGACAUCGAAGCCAUGCAGUCCAGACUGGCGGCUCUGAGGAGCUAGAGUUAGAGGCACUUUGCACAUUUCUCCUGUGCUGAGCAUCUGCUGCUUCGUUGUCACCUGGGUUAACAUUGUGCUUCAACGGUUGUUUAUUUUAAUCCAGCCUGAUUAAAAAGGUGAUGUUUUCUGUUAUCUGCAGUGACUUUAUCUACGUCUUUAUUCUCCAAAGUCAAUCAGAAGGUUUAUGGGGGUGUAUAUAAUGUAAGUAUGAUCAGCCUUCUGUGCCUACUGUGGUUAUUCUCGCUCUCCUAUGUCAGUGUUUAUGACCCAAACUGACCAGCUGGGGAGGAAGUUUUUAAUCUUUUAGAAAACUUUUUGUUCAGUUUACCAGGAAUUAAUUCGCCUGCCAUAUUUGAAACACUAGAGGUGAUGGGCAGAGCUUGCAUUUGUUUCUAUUUCCAUGAAUAUAUCUGUUGUUCUUUUGUGCUCAUAAGUGUUAUGAACAUUAAAACUCCUACAAUGCAAAAACACAAAGUCUUACCAAGUAUUUUGGUCUAGUUUAUAGUACAAACACUGAAAUAAGACGAAAUGUUUAUUUUCAGAAAAUAAUUCCUUAAUAUUGAUGAAAAAUUGCCAGUUUGACUUGCAGAUUAUUUCAGCUCUAACAAGACAUUUUUUCAUAGUAUAAGUGAAAUAAUCUGCCUGUGAAACUAGAACUUUCUCAUAAAUAAUAAGUGAUAUUUACUUAAAAUAAUUUUCUACAUCUUGCUGAAAAGUUACUUAUUUGAAGUGUACUAAAAACUAGACUCUUGUUUUUGCUCUGUAUAAAGAACAUCCUCACUGCAAAAACACAAAAUACUAUGAAGUAUUCUUGGUCUAAUUUUAGUACAAAUUUCUUGGUACACUUGAAAUGAGACAAAACUAACUUACAAGUAACUUUUCAAUCAGAUGUAGGAGCUUCUUUUAAGGAAAUAAUUCUUUAAUAUUGCUAAAAAAAAAAAAAGCACAAAGUUCCACUGGCAGAUUAUUUCACUUAUAACAUGGAAAACAUUUCUUUUUGUAAGUGAAAUAAUAUGCCUGUGGAACCAGUACUUUCUCAUAAAUAUUAGGAAUUAUUUACUUAAAACAAGCUCCUACAUCUCACUGAAAGCUACUAGUUCUCAUUUCAAGUGGACUAAGAUAUUUGCACUAGAAACUAGAACAAAAGUACUUGGUAAUAUUUUGUGUUUUUGCAGUGUACUCAUGUUUUUCAAUAAGCUUCAGCUUCUUCACAGUUUGACUUUGAGUCGCUGUAGUUUUCUUUCUCCAAAAUGCAAAGGAAGUAGAGCUACUGGUUACUGCAGAACAUGUGUACCGUUAAAUAUUGCGUGUAUAAUUUUUCUAUGUGGAUGGAUGAAAACAAAAAACUAAUAAACUUUUAAAAAAAGA